AUGGCACCGAUUCUCGCCAAAUCACUCAACCGACUACCCAAAGAAACUAUCCUAGAGCUCGCUUUGACAUGGCUGGAGGAGAACCACACAUGUGCACCUUAUCUGCGGAACAACCGUACCGGCUUCGAAGCAGAUGAAGAAGACUAUCUACACACUCCGGCCGACAGCAUCGAAGAACUGCGACAACUGUACGACGAUCUCAAGAAGGAUGUAGCAAAAGCUGCUAAGCGCGACAUUAUCGAUCGCAUUGUCGACGGUGACUGGCGGAGGGGUUUGUCGCUGCAUCAACAUGCCAUGAUUGACUUUGCCGCUUUGGAGCAGAACGACAACGCUUUGAGAUGGAGUGCACUCAGGGUGGUACCACUGGAAGUGGAAGAGCAGGAGAAGGGACUGCUAGAUGACGAUGACUCUCACCAUCCCAAGAAAAGGCGGAAAUUGAGUCAUCGUCACGAGGCCGUGGGAGCGCCGUAUCCUCAGAUUUCUCCGCAAGCAUUUCUCUCCGCCUUGAAAGCAGAGAUUUCACCCUUGGUCAAAGCGCACUAUCAUCUCCAUCGCAUGCCACCGCCUUACCAACUCACGAUCCUGCGACUCUACAUCACUCCAAACUCGGCAUUUGCACCGCGCCGAUCCAAAAUCCCAACCCGGGCCAAGCAUGCCACUGAUGCGGGCCGAAUCAUGUACAUUGCUCUUCCCGACAGCUGCCCUUACAUCUACAUCUCGAUAUCCGGAUCCCCCUCGUCGAGCAGCUCCAACGGUCGGUCAAAUGGCCAAAAGGGGAUGAUGGCCAAAGUGGACAUGGCCGCCAUGAAGAGAAUCGUGCUAGAAGCCAUUCCCAAGGCACUCUCACGCCCACAGCGUCGAUGGGCACUGGAUACGACGAAGCUCGUGGCCAGGUCUCUCAGAACCAUGUGCGAGCUGAGAGGCAAUCACAAGCCGGGCACGGGCGGUGGCGCGUACAGCGCAUUUGCCGACGGCGCAACGGCAUCCGAAAAGAGUCCGGUUGAUGUACUCCGCGACUACGCAGAGGACAAGGAAAACGACGAGAGACUUCUCCUGAUUGAGAAGCGGUUCGGAAAUAUGUCUGGAGAGCAUCAUGCACCACUCGAUCGUGUGCACGUGAAACUCUGCAAUGCCAUACCGAUUGAGGCCGAUGGGAGGGAGAAGUCGUCAUCAUCGUUCAACCACGCAGCAGAAGAACAAAAGACAGAUGGCGCCAACGACAUCACCUUGACGUUCUCCGGAAGCGACGUGUUUCUGGGAUUGAAGACCCUGGCCGAGUUGGGACCAGAGUAUAUCGACUUGGAUAAAUUGCCUUCUUGGAUGACUGGCGAAUCGGGCGUCAGCAGUUUGACCGUUUAG